UUCCAGCAGGGCUGAAAUUGAAUGCUGAGCGGCCGGGGAGAGAAAAGAGUGCACAUGUAUUUACAUAAACUCGCGAAGAAAAAAAGUCGUUCCGAAUUUCUGACCCGGCUGACCUGUAGGAUAAUUCAGAAACUCUGAAGCUUAGUCGAUAAUUUGUUCAUUGUUCGUUAAUAUUAAUUAGAAAUACAGACAACAGGAUAUUUAAUAAAGUGUUUACCAGUUCGAUUAAUUUUUUGAUGAAAAAUCACUGAAAUCAGGACAAUGGACAGCCAACUUGUUCCUGUCUCAUCGUCAGCAGCUUCUGCGACAACGUCCAAGUCGACGAUACAAUUUACUGGUCGAGGUCAAGCUUGCGCCACGUCGGAGGAUGAGCCUAGCACGUUUUUUAAGCUAAAUGGCCGUAAUGAAGUUCCUUUUGUUGAAAUGUGGGGAUGGACGAACAACAAUCCGAUAAGUUUUCCAACUUUGAAGGAAAACUUGUGCAUGCAAACUGCAAUUUAUCCAGACGGCGAUCAUGAAAACUUGCCUAACGAUCUACAAGAAUUGUUGCCGUUGGCGGAAUCAUUGCAGAGAAUGGGCGAAUGUACUAUUUCAAACCAGUACGCCCCCAUCCAUAUUCCCGUUUUUGUCCAAAUCAUUGCAAAAAAGAAACCAGAUUUAAUACUAAUGAAACCAAGAGAUAGUAACAACCAAAAUAUCGAUGACGCUCCACGACAAGCUUUUGUGAUUGGGAAUCUUGUCGUCACCGACUCUAGUUGUGGCGUUUGUAUUAUAACGCUACCAAAUGAAUCGGUACAAAUUGUCCACAGCAAAGUUGAAGUAGGGGAUUUUUUAAUCAUUAGAAAAGCCACUUUCAAAAAAUGCAAAAAUUCGAAGGAAAAUUUUUGUUAUCCGUAUCACGACUUUUUGGUUGGGAUUGAAAUCAAAGUCGAAAAAUAUUCCGUCCGGAAUUUACAACAUAUCCCACGUCAAAGUCAGCCCAAAUGGAAACCACCAAAGAUUCCGGAUAGACUUCUUCCCCCAACCGAGGCAAAAUUGUGGACUCCUAAAGAAUUUGAGGCUUGCAAGGAACCUCCCCCCGUGACAUAUUUAGAUGUUAUCGGCGUGGUCAACUACGUAGGGCGGAUGGAACGGUGCAGAAUUUUUGACGCCAUGAUAUACCUUGUUGAGGAUGUUAAGGAUGCAGACAAUCAAUCGAACGCUGUAGUUGGAGAGAAAGGGAUUUUUCGGGCUUAUCGUUGGAUUACUUUGAUCGAUAAAGAGUCUAGAGAGUUGUCGUUGAAAUUAAUCAUCACCAAAGAAGACAUGGAUUUGCAAAGGUCUAUCGUACCCGGUCUUCCCAUGAUUAUUACGAAUUGUAAACUUGAAAUGGAAAUAAAUUCCAAGUUUUACAUUGCUCCUAGCGUUUGUUCGCAGAUUCAUUUUGGAUCUUCUAUUGAUGUAUAUUUAAAUAUAAUGCCUGAACGCUACGCUAUGAUCGCCAACGCGGAAGUGCUGUCUGCCCCCAGUUAUGCAGCCAUUCUGAAGCGGGACAACGUUAGCUGGGGAGCUGGUGGAAUUUACAACCCAAAAAUUUUAGGCGGUGCGAGUUUUUACGCCCGGUACAAAGAGUGGACAGAACGGAUUGACAAGAACCACCCUUCAUUUACGAAAGGUUUCGUCCCACGAGGAUACGUGUUUCAGAGGAGGGAACGACUUACAGUCACAGUAAGGGGGAAGAUUGUCAUGGUGCAAGAAGUGCUCGAAAAGAAUUGUAAAUAUCACAUGAAUCCACUGCCGGGAAGCAGACUCAGGCCAAGUUUAAAUGCGAUUGUUUAUGGCAAAGUGAAGGAUGUCGAAGAAAUGAGAAAAGCCGGUCAAAAUUUUAGUCAUCACCAAAUUUGCCUUUGUAAAGGGAAAUGCGCUGCAAAACAUUGGUUCACGUUUCCUCGAAAGUUGGAAAUCCAAAUCCCAAACGAGAAAACUUAUACUCAUCGUGAGCCUAUCAGUGAUGUGACAAAAGGAGCGCAAGAAAUGUGCGAAGCCCUCCUCAUGCCGGCUGCUUAUCCUCCGAUGACAAGUUCUGAAGUACCAAAGCUUGGGGAACAACCCUUCAUGAAACCCUUUGACCAUUUUCGCAUCAUUAUCCGAGAUGAAGCAACCGGCGACUGCUACCAAACAAUCUGGAUGACCUACUCUAUGCCAGAAAUGCGAUCUCGAUAUAAGGAAGCAUUAGAAAAAGUCAUUAUCGCCGAAAUUGCAAUAUUCUACUCUGAGCCUACCGUGAAGAAGGAAGUAGUUUUACGUGAUUUUAUUAUCGAAGAAAAAUUUGCAUGUGAUGAGAUACACUUGUCAGGAAGAACGUCCCUUGACGAGAGCUCGCUCACAUCUCAGUCCUGUGAUCCCCAACACCCUGUGGUUCCGAUUUCAAAUGAAAAUGAGCUAAUGAUAAUGGAUUCUAAUCAUCCACCACCACCCGCUACAGAACAUCCCCUAUUACCACCUCAAGAAAGUUGCCCACCACCACCAGCGAAACGUGUAAAUCGAGGGGUCUGUACUGAUGAACCAAGACAAGGUCCAACGAAGGAAGAUUUAUUCGAAAUAAUGAGUGAACAAAAUGAAUCUCUUGAUAAUCUUCCGUUUGGUGUGUUGUUGUCUAAUCCUAAAUUUGCCAGCACCCCACUUCAAAACUUACCAAGACUUCUUCAAAACGAAGAUUCUGACCCUGACGACGUUCGUUCUAGUUUUUCUGAUGUUGAGUCCGAAAAGGAAAACACUCCAAGGUCGAGCUGUGAAAUACAAUUUGAACAUAUCGAACAUCCAGACAUAAAAAUGGAGGUGGAAAAUGACAACAACGAUUACAACGAAGUCAUGGAGGGCGAUGAGGAGUACGGAUUCGCAGAUGAGGAUGAGGAGAAAAAAUUUGUACCUGCUGGUCCAACGAGUAGCUUCUCAUGUAAUAUCAUAUAGAUAAGCAUGUAAUGGUUUAUGCGCUUGCAUUUUCGUCUGAAUGGACUUAAUAAUCACAAUUUUAAGACUGAUAAACAUUUUUUUACCCGAUUUACUAGUAAUUAUAAAAUAGUUAGCUUUUUUCUUUACAUAACAUUUCCACAAUACGGUGCUGCGUAUGUACUGGUGAUCAAUUAUUAUAUUAAAAUGUCCAUUUAGAUUAUUACACUUUUCAUUCAAUAAAAAUGUAUAACUUCGUUACAAGUA